AUGGCGCACUUCCUUCUCCUAGCCUAUCACAUGCCUGGCCACAUCAACCCCGCACUCCAAUUCGCCCAGCGCCUCAUCCAUGCAGGUGCCCGCGUCACCUUUCUCACGACCGUCUACGCCUACCGGCGCAUGAUAAAAUCCACCCCGCCCGAAGGGCUAUCCUACGCCACCUUCUCCGACGGCUACGAUGACGGCCCAAGUCCCACCGCCGACCUAGCGGAACUCAUGGCCCAGUUCAGGCAGCAUGGUUCGGAGGCCCUCGCCGACCUCAUGCGCACCUUAGCAAACGAGCGCCGUCCCGUCACGUGUGUGGUGUACACGCUCCUUCUCCAAUGGGCUGCUGACGUUGCACGUAGCCUCAACACCCCGAACGUGCUCCUCUGGAUCCAGCCAGCAACAGUCUUCGCCAUUUACUACCACUACUUCCAUGGCUACGACGAUCUCAUCGUCAAGAGCAUUGAAAAAGGCCCUUCUUCUUCCAUAAAAUUACCAGGGUUGCCACCACUCACCUCCAAAGAACUACCUUCAUUCAUUAUCCCUUCCGCUUCAUACGUUUUCAUGGCCGCAUCAUUCAGAGAACAGUUUGAGAGGUUGGAUAAAGAAGAAAGACCACGUGUUCUCAUAAACACGUUCGAUGAAGGAGAGCCAGAUUCGAUCAGAGCUGUUGAUGGGGUGGACCAGAUCUCUGUGGGACCGUUCUUCCCACCGGAGUUCUUUGAUGGAAAGAACCUGUCCCAUGCCACUGACGGUGGAGAGAUGUAUAAGAAUUCAAGAAACUACAUUGAGUGGUUGGACUCGAAGCCAGCCUCAACGGUAGUUUAUGUCUCCUUUGGCAGUAUGGUGGUGUUGCCGAAUAAUCAGAAGGUAGAGAUUUUAAAUGGGUUGCUCGAAAGCAACCGUCCAUUCUUGUGGAUCAUCAGGCCCACUGAGAACGGGGCUGGAAUGAAUGACGAGACUGAGUUCUGGGAGAAAGUGAGAAUGGAGAUGGAGAGGAAAGAAGGGAUGGUGGUGCCAUGGUGUUUGCAACUGGAGGUUCUUUCACACUCUUCGGUGGGUUGCUUUAUUUCGCACUGUGGGUGGAAUUCGACGACAGAGAGCUUGGCUGCAGGUAUCCCGAUAGUGUGUUUACCGUGUUGGACGGAUCAGACAUCGAAUGCGAAGUUGGUGGAGGAUAUUUGGAAGGCUGGUGUCAGGGCGAAGGCCAAUGGAGAGGGAGUUUUCGAACAUGGGGAGGUGAAGAGAUGUUUGGAUUUGGUGAUGGGAGAGGGUGGGGAAGGGAUUAGAAGGAAUGCUUUGAGAUGGAGACAGUUGGCCAGGGACGCCGUACGUGAAGGUGGUUCAUCUGAUCAGAAUGUUCGCGCAUUUGUGAUGGAGAUGACAGGUGAAAGUGGACCUAGAGACUGCAAUGGCGAUGUGCAGAAGACGAAUGGCGAGAGAGAGAGGAUAGAUGAUGAGAAAUGA